UGGUGAUAAAAAAAUUAGCAGACUUAGGGUUGACUUAAAAAAGACUCUUAUUACAUUAGUCGACAAGUAAAAACACGUGGCAUAUGUUGCGAGUGCGUAGAGUUAACUAAAGACUGUAAAGACGGAGAGAUUCUUCUAGAGUCAGUUCUUCUUCGUCAUCGUCUUCUUCCCCCAAAUCCUCUCGCUCUAGGGUUUCUCCUCUCGAUCCAUAAUUCUAGAUGACGAGGUUUAUAACUGAGACCUGUCAAAUAAGCUAAAGCUUCUUCUAAGGGCUUCAAGGAAAGGAUUUGCAUUGUUGUGCUCUUGGUUUGUGUCCACAGAAGGAAAGAAGAGUGAGAAGCUCAGGAUGUCAAGCAGUCGAAAUACCCACUGGUGUCACAGAUGCCAGCGUGCUGUCCGGCUUCACGGCCAAGAUCCUGUAUGCUCUUAUUGCGGAGGUGGAUUUGUUGAAGAACUUGAUAUGGCUGAAGCCAGCCCCUUUGAUAUGUUUAGAGCUCACAGUCACAGGGGUGUUGUAGAACGUGAUCCGACUUUUGAUCUCAUGGAUGCUUUCUCUGCGUUUAUGAGGAAUCGCUUAGCCGAAAGGAGUCACGACAGAGAAAUCAGGGGAAGAACCAUCAGUUCAGGUCCUGAAAACUUUCCUGGUCUGGCCCCUUUAUUGAUCUUUGGUGGCCAGGUCCCUUAUAGACUAUCUGGAGACAAUGCAGUUGAAGCCCUCUUCAAUGGCGGAUCACCUGGCAUUGGCAUUACACGUGGUAACACCGGCGACUACUUCUUCGGUCCAGGUCUUGAAGAAUUGUUCGAGCAGCUUUCAGCUGGCACUACUCGCCGAGGCCCACCACCCGCACCGAGAUCAUCAAUAGAUGCAUUGCCAACCAUCAAGAUUGCGCAGAGGCAUCUCAGAUCAUCAGACUCGAACUGUCCUGUGUGCAAAGACGAAUUCGAACUGGGAUCAGAAGCAAAACAGAUGCCAUGCAACCACAUCUAUCAUUCUGACUGCAUUGUCCCGUGGCUGGUUCAGCACAACUCUUGCCCGGUCUGUCGCCAAGAGCUACCAUCAGCUAGAGGACCUUCAAGCAGUCAAAACAGAACCACCACCAGAAACUACAGAAGUAGUAGUAGUAGUAAUAGCAGUAGUAACAAUCGUGAGAACGGCAAUGAAAGAAGGAAUCCUUUCUCUUCCUUCUGGCCAUUCCGUUCGUCAGGUUCAAGCUCAAGCUCCAGUCAAAACCGUGGAGGCACAAGAAACUCGGAUACAACCGAUGAGAACCAUAAUUACCAUCAACAGCAACAGCAACAAUCAUAUAUGGGUUACAGUGGCUGGCCUUUUGAUUACUAAAAGUGAGAGCUAAAAAAAAAUCUUUGGUCUCAUCACGUAAUGCUUAUGAUUCUGUGUCUGCCUUGUGCUUCCCUCUCUAUCUCUCUCUCUCUCUUUUAUCAACAUAAAUAAUGGAGAACUGUAAUU